AUGGCGGACUCAGGGGACAUAGCAGCUUGGGCAGCGCUCGCCGCGGCCCUGCUGGUCCUGGUGGUCACCCUUACGCAAGCAACCCAGCAGUACGUCGCGACGACCCCCAACAUGCGCAAAUGUGAAAAGUCCGUCUGGGGCCCAAUGCCUGGCCACCCCGGACGCAGGAAAGCUGUUGAUGCCGACAUUCGCUCCUAUGUCACGGCAGCACUGAAACAAAAUGCCAGUUUUGUAGACAAGCGACUGCCACAAGAUCUUCUUGAACGUAUUUGCACAAAAGUUGGAGACGGGGCCGAUGGCAUCCUGCAUGAGCCCCAGAGCCAUUGGAAUCGCUCUGAGACUCUGCCCCGAGAUCUCUACGAAACGUACCAUCGAAUGCUUCAAGGCAUCCCGGCAAACAUUGCAAAGGAUGCCGUUCGUCUCCUACAGUUUCUCGUUCACGCCAAGCGACCAUUAACGCUAAGAGAGGCUGUAGAGGUCAUCGCCACGCAGACGGAUGAGGAACCACGUGGCCUCGACCCGAAGCGCAGACUGUUUCGUGAGGCCGACGUUCUACGGUAUUGUCCCGGUUUGGUCUCAGUAAUUGAGGCCUAUUCGGAUUGUGGCAAGACCAGGGAGGAGCUCCAACUUGCCCACUUCUCAGUCAAAGAGUAUCUGCUUAAACAAGACCAGUUUGACAUCAAACGCGCAAGCACCGUCAUCACGAAGACUUGUUUGAGUUACCUUACGUGCAUCGAAGGUAGCAGUUUUGACAAGAUCGAGCAGGACUUUCCUUUGACGGAAUAUGCGGCCAAGAACUGGAUUGACUAUGCAACUUUGGCCCAGACUUCAGAAGACGUGGUUCGAGCAACAGCCAAAUUCUUGGAAGACCAAUCAACCGUUCAAGAUGGUAUCCGUUCUUCCAGAGUGACUGCGAGCAGCAGACCGGCCCAGGACCCCCUAAAGCAUCCCGAGGUUGUACGGCUCCUCCUUGAAAAAGGCGCCAACGUCGACGCGUCUGGUGGUUUCUUCGCCAACGCUCUCCAGGCUGCCAUAGUUGAAGGCCAUAGUAGUAGGUUUGGGAACACCCUCCAUCUUGCCUCAUACAUGGGUUACAUCGAGAUCGUGCGACUUCUGCUGGACAGGGGUGCCGACGUCAACUCAUCGGGCGGUGACUUCGACAACGCUCUUCAUGUUGCCUCAUUCAGAGGCCAUACCGAGAUUGUGCAACUCCUGCUGGACAAGGGCGCUAACAAUACGCUCUAA